AGUAACAAGACGAUGGCAUUAAGCAGAACUCUCCACACAAAGAUGAUGCCUCUUAUUUAAACUUCCCCCCCGUUGCACUCCCGGCGCACAGCGACCAUGCAGAGCAACCAGACGUGUGAGAACACCACCAGCAUCAGCGUUAACGGGAGUCCGGUGAUGAGCACGCUCAUGUUCAUCGCCGGCGUGGGGGGCAACCUGAUGGCGCUGGGCAUCCUGGGCGUGCACCGGAAGGAGCACCGUGCCAAGUCCUCCGUCUUCUGCAUCCUGGUGACGGGGCUGGCAGUGACCGACCUGCUGGGCACCUGCUUCUUGAGCCCGCUGGUGUUCGUGUGCUACGCCCAGCAAUCCUCCCUGCUGGGCCUCACCGGCACGUCGCACCUGUGCAGCCUCUUCGCCUUCGCCAUGACCUUCUUUGGCCUGGCCUCCAUGCUCAUCCUGUGCGCCAUGGCGGUGGAGCGCUGCCUGGCCAUCAGUCACCCGUACUUCUACUCCAAGUGCGUCCGCCGCAGCUUCGCCAAGCUGGUGCUGCCCUUCAUCUACCUGUUCACCUGCGCCUUCUGCCUGCUGCCCUUCCUCGGCUACGGGCAGUACAAGCAGUACUGCCCCGGCACGUGGUGCUUCAUUAGGAUGGAGGCUGACGGGAACUGGGGCGGGGCGGAGGGCGGCGGGCUGACGGCGGACGACCACCACACGCUGGCGUUCUCGCUCUCCUACGCCACGCUGAUGGCGCUGCUCAUCGCCGCCGUGUUCCUGUGCAACGGCUCCGUCAUCGUCAGCCUGUGCCGCAUGCACCGCAGCCAGAUGUCUCGGCGCGGCUCGGUGCUCUCGGCCGGACGCAAGCGCAAGAUCCUGGUGUUCGGCCAGGGCGACGAGGAGGUGGAGCAUCUGGUGCUGUUGGCGUCCAUGACCGUCAUCUUCGUGGUGUGUUCACUGCCCCUCACGAUAUGUGGCUACGUCAGCGCCCUCCAGCCGACCGGCGACGAUAGCCUCAACCUGAUCUCCUUCCGCUUCUCUGCGCUCAACCCCAUCGUGGACCCGUGGAUCUUCAUCCUCUUCCGCAAGGCCGUCUUCCGACACCUGCGCCAGUUGCUGCGCUGCCGUUUCCCGGGCAACGCCGUCAAGACCACCGCUCACACCGCGCUUUCGCUCCCGCUGGAGGUCAGCGAGGCCAGAUCGCCCAGCACCCGACACCCUGUAGGCCAAGGCCGACACCUGCCCGCCCCAGCAGUCAGCAGACCCUGAGGUCAAGGGUCGAGGUUCAAAGGUGACAGGUGACUCACAAGAACUGCUGCUGGCAGCCCAUUUAGAACGCCAUUCAACCCAAACUGGCCAAGGAGGCCUGGGUGAGGACCGUAUCACAGAACAUGAAUGUACUGACGCCACCUCUGGCAUCUCUUAGCUUUCAAAACAAUGGAGCGGAUUCUGUGAUUCUAGACUCGAUGAAAAUGGAGCGGAUUCUGUGAUUGUCGACUCGAUGAAAAGGACUGUAUGUUGUGGCUAAAGGCCCAGACAGGGAUGCAACUGUUGUGUUGCUUUUGGAGCGGAACUCAAACUCUUCAGCCUUUGGAACGAAUGCACUGAUGAAAUGCACUGGUUGAACAUUCAGCAGUUUCUGCAGUCUGGUCUGAAACUGACUGAUCCUUUUGUCCACAAACCACCAAAUAAUUACGUCUCGGCAAACACAGGAAUGGAUCCAAGCACACAGGGACACAAAAGACUGUGGAGUCACCCCAGCACAGCUAGGGUCUAAGGUCCAGUGCUUUCAAACGGCUUCAUCUGACCGGGCACAGUGCCUCAGCCAUCACUGAACUGACAUGGCUUGGGCACACACUCAAGCUUUCAGUCACAAGCAUGGCACUGUGUGUGUGUGUGUGUGUGUGUGUGUGUGUGUGUGUGUGUGUGUGUGUGUGUGUGUGUGUGUGUGAAACCACAUGAGGAAGGCUGAAGGGGAAGUGGAAAGAAGAGUGUAAUUUGCUGGUCAACCUGUAAUAACUGUGUUGGCUGCUAACUGGCCAACACCAAAUUGAAAUGUUCUAGAAUUCUACUGUGCAGAUCCAGAAUUCAAACUGACCAUGGUCAUGUAUUUCAUAUUCGUAUUGCAUCAUCGAAUGGAACUCCCAACAUUCUAAUCACACAUUCCACACUCUUCAAAACACCCUCUUACGUACAGGCUGACGACCACACCAGAAUGUCUGUACCAUAUAUACAGACCAAACCAAUUGAAUGUUUUUAUGGGGGUGUAUCAGAAACCAUUUCAUAGUUCAGUCCAUUUCAUGGGAAAGGACAGAGACAGCUAAAGGUCAUUUUGAGGCAAUGUUAUGUUCAAACUGUGUUUGAAAUUAGCACUUCAAUAGUGAAUCCACUGAAAAAAAAAAGCCCACACAAACAAACAAAAACACUGCAUGUAUGUGUAUGUGUACCACUAGAUGUGAGGAUGGUGUUUGUGUCGUUGGGAUUUCCUGCACUGCGAAAGCAUGAAGUUUAAUAUUGCACAGCAUACUGUGAUAAGCUGGAUGGGACUCAGUUGCCACGGUUUAUUCUGCCUCUUUUGUGUGUAAACAUUGACAAACGAGUAACGUGAAAAACAGUGUGUGGAGUUGUCUGUUAGACAUUUUUUCAUUUCAAUGUUCAAAUCGAUGUUUACUUUGUUGUUGUAGUGAUGUGGCUUCCCUGUAACAUGACUCUUGUCAUUGUGGGAUGUAUGUAUGUAUAGGGCUUUAAGAAAACAAAUGUGUCCUCCUUCUGACCGCUGAUCUGCACUAAAUGAUGGUUUUCUUAAACAAAGUUUGGGAGGAGCCCACUGGGAUGACUGACAGCUGUCACUCACCCCACUUCUCCAUUCUAGGAGAUUGACACCUGCCUUACCCUGCCAAUAGGCCAGGCAGGCGUCCCGGGACUACGGCCAGCUACAAAGCAAAACAUGUAUAUAUUAUCAUUGUGUGUAUAUAAUGAUGUACUACCAGAGCUCUAAAUCAAGCGAACCAGUGACCCUCCCAAACACUGGCUGUGUGUGUCAACCCCCCGGAUUAGCAACCAUCCCAACGGCAUCCGCUCCACAAGCGCCAGUCAUUCCACAAAACCACAGCUUGACAUGACUGGGAGACGUGCAUGCAUGUUCUUGGGAAGAUUACCGUCAGCCAAUUAAUGUCGAAGGGGCCAUUCCAAAGUUGACCAACCAGAUGAGGUUAUCGCUACCCUUAUUUGGUCGUGUUUGUUGCAGCCCCUCCCGCUGUUUCGGGAGCGCUUACGGAGCAGAACAAUGGCACGUGCAGGAGAACCACGCCGCAAUAGUCCACUCCGUUACCCUGGCUGCUGUCUGGAAAAUUCCGAUUCCAAAUUCCAAUCUGCCAAAGUAAUAGAUGUGAAGGCAAAUGAAGCCAGUGCCUCACAAUCACACAC